GUCAGUCAGGUUAGUUUGUUUGGUUUGUCCGUUUGGAAUUUGGUUUGUAACCUGUACUCUCCUCAAAAUCAGUGAAAUUUGUUCUCCCCUGCCCGUGGAUUAGCUAGCACACAUUGUGUUAGUAAACCACGUUAAAUUUGUGUUCGUUCCUGUUGGUUUGGAUUAUCGAUUGCCACGCUUCUGCUCUGACAAGUGGUAUCAGAGCCUUUGGUUGCGGUUUUGGGAAUUUGGCGCUGGACUGAAGUUUUGCUUUGUGGAGUUUGGUUGGAGUUUGUUUGAUAAAAAGAAUGGCUGCUAUCAGUAUGAAGAUUGAGAAGUUUACCGGAAGAAAUAGUUUCAGUUUGUGGCAGAUCAAGAUGCAAGCACUGUUGAAACAACAAGGUUUGUGGGCUCCGUUGUCUGGAAAAUCGAAGAAGGAAAGCAUAGAUGAAGAAGAGUGGAUUACUUUGGAGGAGAAAGCUCACUCUACAAUCUUGCUUUGUUUGGCUGAUGACAUCAUCAUUGAGGUUGCUGCUGAGAAGACUACUGCGGGUUUGUGGUUGAAGCUUGAAAGUCUAUACAUGACAAAGUCUUUAACUAACAAGUUGCAUAUGAAGCAACGUUUGUUCAGUUUGCGUAUGGAGGAAGGUACGUCUCUCAGGAAUCAUCUAGAUCAACUCAAUACCAUCUUGUUAGAUCUGCGGAAUAUUGAUGUUAAAGUAGAUGAUGAGGAUGCUGCCUUAAUUCUGUUAGUAUCUUUGCCACAGUCAUAUGAGAAUUUUGUGGAUUCUUUUAUUGCUGGGAAAGAUAGUUUGUCUUUGGAAGAUGUCAGAUCUGCUCUACAUACUAGGGAGGUUCGACAUAAGGCGUCUGGUUCAUGUUCGGAAAAUCAGGCAUCUGGGUUGGCUGCUACGAGUUGUAGGAGACAACAAUCUCGUAAUAGGAAGGUGAAUACAAAUUCGAAUUCUGCUGGUUUGAAGGAUGAUAUCUGUCAUUACUGCAAGGAGAAAGGACAUUGGAAAUUUGAUUGUCCUAAACUGAAGAAAUAUCAGGAGAAGAAGGAAUCAUCUGCUGCUGUGGCGGAAGAAACUAACUCUGAUUCUGAAGAUGGUUUAGCCUUAGCAGUGAAUGAACAGUUACAUCAUCAGGAUGUGUGGUAUUUAGAUACUGCAGCUGAUUAUCAUAUGUGUCCAAGCAGUGAGUGUUUUUCAACUUAUGAGCAGAUAGAUGGAGGACAUGUUUCUAUGGACAAUAGUGCUAUCUGUAAGAUUGUUGGAAGAGGCUCCGUCAGGAUGAGGACACAUGAUGGUUCUGUUCGCACCUUGAACAAUGUUAGGCAUAUUCCAGAAAUGACUAAGAAUCUGAUAUCUUUGAGUCUACUCGACAGCAAGGGUUUCAGCUUCAAAGGUGAAGGUGGAGUGUUGUCUGUCUACAAGGGUUCUAAGGUGGUUUUGAAAGGUGUCAAGCGGGGUGCCUUGUAUAGUCUACAAGGUUCUAUUUUGACAUGUUCUGUUGGUGAUAAGUGCACCAAGUUGGUUCUGAAUGGCAAGUCUCAAUAUGGAUUGGACUUGCCGAAUGGUUUGAGUUGUUGACCUCCCUUAGGGGCAUUUGGAGGCAGGGGAGAUUCUGGUACAGCUGAUUUGGAGAAGUUUGGUACGUCUGACAAUUUUUGAUUGCAUAUGAGUUUGGCGAUUUUGCAUCGCGUUUGAGUUUGGCGGUUUCGAUCGCAUUUGGAUACGUUUGGCGAUAUGUAUCGCGUCUGGGUACAUCUGGCAACUUUGGUUGCGGUUUGGGUACAUCUGGCAACCUUGGUUGCGUCUGGUACAUCUGGUAUUUGAGAGAGAAUUCAAGUCAAGGUGGAGAUUGUUAGAAUAUGACUUGAAUUUGAUUUGGGUUUGUUUUGUGUUUUAGGCCUAUUCUAUUAAGGUUUGGGAUUGAGCUUUGUUUGACCUUUUUCCUUGUAUGUUUGAGAAAAGGUGUUUGGUUUUCUGUUUGGGAUUAGGAGAAGAGUUCUAUAAAUACUCUUCAUCACUCUAGUCUGUAGUAAGGUCAGUCAGGUUAGUUUGUUUGGUUUGUCCGUUUGGAAUUUGGUUUGUAACCUGUACUCUCCUCAAAAUCAGUGAAAUUUGUUCUCCCCUGCCCGUGGAUUAGCUAGCACACAUUGUGUUAGUAAACCACGUUAAAUUUGUGUUCGUUCCUGUUGGUUUGGAUUAUCGAUUGCACGCUUCUGUUCUGACAACUCCCUUUUAUCUCAUACAAAACCUUUAGGGGUCGUUCGGAUGCCGAAAUUUAUUGAGGAAUUUAUUAGUUAUGCAGGAUUUUAAAACAAUUCUACGUUUGGGAAAGAUGAAGGAUUUUGUAAUUAGUGAUUUUAAAAACUCUCAUAUGUGGGUUUUUAAAAUAACUGAUGACGAUAAGCUAUUUUACAAUCCCUCAUUCUUAUUUUUUUCAUUUCCAACCAUUGCCCUCAAGUAUCUAUCCAGUUCAUCUCAACGUCGACUUCUCCCUUCCAUCACCUAAAGUGCAUCCAUCUCUCACUUGGUCGAAUUUCCCUCCUCUCCCACUUCGUUUUGUUGCUAGAGAUUUGGGUUUCAAACGAAAGGUUGAUUUCAGAUUGUGGGUUCCGAAGAGAGUUUCGAUUCUUGGACCAGGUUGCGUCGAUUGAGCGCCAAUCCAGCAGCUUCCCGACUUCGUGUUUGAAAAGAGUCUCGAUUGAGCGUGAAUUCUCCAUGGUGAGCAUUAUGUUUCGUAGCUACCGGCAAUGAGUGACCGAUCCCCUGAGAUGGUGCGAUUCAGCGCCGUCCUCCAUCAGCGGCGGAUUCCCUAAAAUGGCCGCCAUGGACGUAAUGACCAAUGACAGCGAGAAGCACCACAACCCAAAAGACGUAGAGACCCACCAAAUAUCUUCUAUGAAUCCGAUCUCUCAGAUCCCUUCUCCUCGCUCUCCCUCUACUUCUUUAUUUCCUCUUUCUCAUUGAAAUUUUUGGGUAUCAUUAUUCGUUUGGUAUUCUGGGUUUCAUUGUACGUUUGGUAUUUGUUGUUAUUUGGGUAUUCUGGAAUUCAUUAGAUUAUGGAUUGCUAGUAGUAACAAUAUCUUUGUGCUUCGUUUUUGUGGAAAUUUGCAACAUCCAUUCUUUCUUUGUUUUAUCUCUGCGCAAUCUGGGUUUCAAUCGCCCAUUUUUUAUUCAAUUAAUUUUCGUUUUGAUAUGAUUACGAGGGACUGAAACAAUGGCCAAGGACAAAAAUUGACAAAUGAAGAACAAGGGGAAGAAGACGAAGGAUAGAAGAUGAGGACAAUAAUGUAAUUUGGAUGUUUAUGUUAAAAUUCUGCGUAUCAAUCCAAACGAGUUAUUUCAGUGUAAUCCUGCAUAUAAAAUUCCUUGUAUUUUAAAUGAGAGAUUUUUUUAAAAAUCCCUCGUUAUUAAAAUCUAAUCCAAACGACCCCUUAAUUUUUCCACCUUAAUUUUUAACAGACGAUUUAUCAAUCGCUUUAAGUUGAUUUUUUUUUUGCACACUUAGUUCAGAUUAAUCGUGCUUUUCAAAAUGAUAUCCACUUCGAUAUAUUUUUGGAACAAAAACAUUUGAGUCAUUUUUUUACUUAUAUACCAUAUGGUAUUGACUGUUAUUAAAUAAGAACAUACCAUAUGGUAUGAAAAAACUUACCAUGGUGAUAUGAACAUACUAAGACUGUAUGACGAUUGAAUACAUGACAGUAGGUAUAUACUAAUUGUCAUUUAUGACUUUGAAAAUUUUGUACCACAAGAUGUCACCCCGUACCAGGGUGGUAUAGUGUGGUAUUUUUUUGUCCUAUAUUUUGUUCACCCAGAAAUUUGUGAUCCAAUAGAUCAUGAUGAACUUGUUCAUUCUGUGCAAAAGUUUUAAAAAAUAACUUAAAAACGAAGAAGAUAUCAUAUGGUAUGCAGUUGGUAAUGAGAGGCAAGAAUUUUUUCUAAUAAAAUAUUUAAAAUGGACCUCAUUUUGUAAAGCACAACAAACUCGUUCCAUUGGUGCAAAAACAAAAAAAAAAUUAAAAUCCAAGUUAAAACGAAGAAGAUAUGAGUCGAUUAAGAAAACAAAGAAAAAUAAAAAUGCAUUUAAUUCUUCAUCCUUAGAUUUGAAUUUUCUGGGUCCAGUUAAAUCUGAUGGCUGAGAUUUUUUUACUCACCAUGAGUAACCAUUGGGUUACUGACGGGAACUUGGACCCAACAAAAUAUCAUGUUAUGAUGUCGUGUUUUCAUAUUAUGAAAUUUUUUGUAAAACACUCUCAAUAAUUAUAAUGUUUUUUUGUCACAUUAACCGUUUUUUAACAAUUUUUUCUCACUACAACUCAUUAAUAAACGAAUCGUGUAUUCAAUUUAGAAACUUGACCUUGAUGUAAUUCAAAGCUGAAAAAUAACUUUUAAAUACUUGCAGUUGCAACCGCUAAAAUCAAUGCAAAUUUAAGAAGCAAAUGAACCAUUGAAUAUGAUGAUUUGCUUUUGUCUUUCUUAUAAUUUUUUUGAAAUGUCAUUUUUUUUUGUAAAUGAUGAUUCACUUUUGUCUUCACCCUUAACUAAGCUAAUGAAUCAAUUCCUUUUAAUUAGGGGUGCUAGUCGGUUCGGUUUCAGUUAACCACUAACUGAUAUGACGGUUAGCGAUUAACCAAUAAGCAAAAACUCAUACUGAUAACCAAACCGAUAAUCAUUAUUGGUUAACCAUCUCUUAUCGGCUCGGUUAGCGGUUAGUUUGGACCAAUAAUAACUAACAUACAUUCCAAGAACUACGGCUAUACCUGGGAAAACCAAUGCUUCGAUUGUCUUUCACGAACUAUCAUAAACCGAAGCAAUAACCGCUUGUAAUACGCAAAUUAUCAUCUAAUUAAGUGUAACAAGUGUCAUGUAAUAUCAUUUUCAAUCAACAAACAUAAGAAUGACUAAGAGUACUAAAUAUUAAAGAUGAAU